AUGGUCCGCCUACUCUCGUAUCUCCUCCCCCUCCUCCCCCUCGCCCUCGCCGAAUCUGUCACAGUCCUUGACCCCAAAUCCUUCGACAAGGUCGUCUUCAACAGCAACAAGCCUGCCCUUGUUGAGUUCUAUGCACCCUGGUGCGGUCACUGCAAGAACCUCGCUCCUGUCUACGAAGAGCUGGCCACCGCCUUCGCAUCCCAGUCUGAUAAGGUCACGGUCGCCAAUGUCGACGCCGACAAUCACAAAGAUUUGGGCAAGAAGUUUGGCGUCACUGGCUUUCCCACUUUGAAAUGGUUCGAUGGCAAGCCGGGCUCGACGCCCGAGGACUACAAAGGUGGACGUGAUCUGGAAAGCCUGACCAGCUUUAUCACCGAGAAAACAGGCAUCAAGCCUAAGGCGGCUAAAAAGGCUCCCAGCUCGGUUGUUAUGCUAGACGACAAGGCCUUCAAGACUGAAAUCGGCGGUGAGAAGGACGUCCUGGUGGCGUUCACUGCGCCGUGGUGUGGUCACUGCAAAUCCCUCGCUCCUGUCUGGGAGAAGGUUGCCGCCGACUUCGCCGCAGAGCCAUCGGUUCUUAUCGCCAAAGUCGAUGCUGAAGCCGAGAAUGCGAAAGCAACUGCCCAAGAGCAGGAGAUUUCGGGAUACCCCACCAUCAAGUUCUUCCCCAAGGGCUCCAAGGAGCCAGAGACCUACAGUGGCGGACGCUCCGAAGACCAACUCGUCGAGUUCGUAAACACCAAGGCUGGCACAUACCGCAUGACUGGUGGAGGCCUGAGCGUCGCCGCAGGCACCAUCGAGGCCUUCGACGACAUUAUCGCCAAGUAUAUUGGGAAGGCGGAGUGGGAGAAGGCUGGCGCGGAGAUCCAGAAGACCGCCGAGGGCGUGACGGGCGCGAUGAAGGAUUACUAUCUCAAGGCGCUGGCCAAAGUUACUGGGAACCCGGAGUACGCCAUGAAGGAGCAGACGAGAUUGGCCGGGAUCUUGAAGAAGGGUGGACUGGCCCCGGAGAAGAUUGAUGAUCUGCAGAGGAGGAGCAACGUCCUUGCAAAGUUUCUGGUCAAGGAGGACGAUGAGGCGAAGAGCGAGCUAUAG